AUGGACAAGUUCGAGCUCGUCACCCUCGCAAAGGAGUUUGACCAGCACGAUCGAUCGCAACAGCCCGGCCAUGUACCUCUGUCGCAGCCUCAGGCUGAACAACACGAUUUCGAGAAGCAACGCAUUCCCACUGAUGUCGAGAAGCACGCUCUCGACUCUGUCGAAAGAGAAAAGGGCGCGCCAACACCACCUCUGACCGCCCAGCCGGCAGACGGUCAACGCGUUACAGACAACACAGACCGCCACGCGCGCAACGAUGCGCCUCCUCCUCCUUCCGAGCCACCUACUGGCGGUGACUCGCCAUCAGACGACGACGAACCUAUUAAAGACCGAGGCUGGGCAGCAUGGAAGUUCGUACUCGCCUCGGCCGCCACUGAGUUCAUGAUCUGGGGCGCCUCGUACGGCUACGGCUCUUUCCAAGAGUAUCACCAGCACGAUCCCAGCUCGCCCUUCCACCAGACCUCGCUCACCGCCACCUCGUCGAUCGGCACCUCGCUUCUGGCAGGACAGCACUUUGUCACGCUCCUCACCUUCGGACUCUACUCGAUGUUUCCGUCGCUCAUCAAGCUGUUCACCUACAUCUGUGUCGCGGGUGCCGCGCUCUCGCUGCUUAUCGCGAGCUUUGCCAACUCGGUGGCGCUUUUGAUUGUGUUCCAGGGCUUGCUACUGGGCAUGUUUGGCGGCAACAUCUUUACGACGGUGAUCCUGUGGCUGCCAGACUGGUGGGAUCAGAGACGUGGCUUUGCGACGGCGCUCAUCUUUGCCGGUUCGGGGAUUGGUGGGAUUCUGUGGCCGAUCAUCUUCACGCAGCUGUUGGAGAGGGUCGGGUUCCGGUGGACGCUGCGCACAUGGGCGUUGCUCCAGCUGGUCGUGUCCGGCGGAGCGACGCUGUGUCUGAAGCCGGGGCGCCAACCGAGAACGCGUGUGGUCGGGGCGUUUCGGUGGAGAGCGGUGCUGCCGGGCUUGCCUCGCUCGCUGUUUUCGGCAGUGACGCUGCUCAACAUUGUCGCGCUGCUGCUGCAAACGACGGCGUAUUACUCGGUGGCGCUCAACAUUUCGAACUACGCCUCGUCGAUGGGCUUCAGCUCCAACACGUCGACUGGCAUCUUGUCGGCCUUCAAUGCGUCGGCGUCGAUCACGUAUUUUGUGCUGGGCUACCUGGUCGACCGCUUUCCCUACCCGCUGCUCAUGGCCACGUCGACUGCGCUCAACCUCGUGUUCACUGCGCUCGUGUUCGGGUUCGCGGGCAACUCGCUGACAAAGAUUGUCAUCUACGUCGUGUUUUUCGGGCUGACCGGCGGCGGGUUUUCCAGUUUCCUGACGCCCGUGUCGAGGGAUAUCGUCGACAAGUCGAGGUCGCACGAGUUUUCCCUGCGCUUUCUCUACCUCGUGUGUGUCCGCGGGCUGGCCGCGAUGCUGGGUCCGAUUCUAGCGGUGCAGUUCUACCCGGACCGUUUGGGCAAGCCGUCGACGUACGGCAGCUUUGGGUUUACCGGCUUCAUUGCGUUUAUCGCGGGCACAUUGGCGCUGUCGACGCUGGCAUCGUUGGCCCUCUUUGCGCACAAGAGGUAUGGCGAACCGAGGAGGGAGAAGGCCAAGGCUUUGAGUGAGCCGGUCACGCCGCCACCAGAGGGGCCAGAGGGGCCAGAGGGGCGCGCAGAUGGUGCGUGCGGGGCGUGA